AUGCCUAGAUCAAAGAGAUCCAAGUUGACGACAUUGUCAAAAACACCCGUACGAUCGACCAAGGCUUCCAAACAAGCGCUCGUCAAUGAAAUCCGAGCAACUAUCGACAAGUAUGACCAUCUCUGGGUGUUCAGCGUUGGAGAUAUGAGAAACGACGGAUUGAAAGAAGUUCGAGCACAGUGGAGAGGAACAGGAAGAUUCUUCUUUGGUAAAGGAAAAGUAAUGGCAAAAGCUUUGGGAGAAACUGCAGAGACUGAAUAUCAAGAAGGUUUAAGUAAUAUCGCAAAGCGAUUACAUGGACAAAUUGGUAUCUUCCUCACUUCUCAUGACGUCAAUGAGACUGUAGACUGGUUCGAAUCAUGGUCAAAGAAAGAAUACGCAAGGAUGGGUGCAAGAGCAACGCAAGAUAUCACUUUACCAGAAGGUCCAAUCCUCACACCGUAUAAUGAAUCAGGUUCAGGUGAUCCGUUCCCUCAUUCCAUGGAACCUCAAUUACGAGCUUUAGGUUUGAGCACGAGUUUAGUAAGAGGUGUACCAUCGUUGAAUAAUCCUCAUUUACUCUGUCGAAAAGGUGAAAAGUUGUCAAGUGAGAAGUGUAGAAUCUUAAAAUUACUCGCGGUUCAAAUGGCCGAAUUCCGUAUACAUCUUGGUUCCAGAUGGUCAAAAGAGGCAGGCUUCGUACCUGGCAAAGAAUUUGACAAAGUUGAUAGCGAUGGAGAAAAAGAGGAAGGUAUGGACGAAGAUUAG